CCCGCCGUUUUUGCACACCAUCAUCCCACACAGUCUCUCGCCACAGCAGGGUAACAAUGCCUGGCUCCUCCCAACUCCCCAUCAGUCUCCUGCGGGAUUCUUUCAUUGCACGAAAGAACUCGCCCAGCGGACAACUCGUCGCCUUCAACGUGGACAUUCUGCGCAAUGUCGUCUUCUUCUUCUUCGUCAUGCGAUGCUCCCGCAUUGCCUUCUACCAACUCAAAGGUCGCGGCAUUUUCGGCUCUGCCGCAGACGCCUAUGUCAGCAUCCGUAAAUACCUCUACGGCGUCUUUCUGCAGCUUCCCGGUGUCCGCGACAAGGUACAGGCUGAGGUUUCCGAUGCCGUUCUCAAGCUGGAGCGCAAGCUCAUCCCCACCGGCCCUGGCAUGGAGCGCAUCACCAGCAUCCCGGCCGAGGGAUGGACCGAAGACGAAGUCCGCGCCAAACUCGACGAGCUUGCCAACUUGGAACACACACGGUGGGAGGACGGACGAGUCAGCGGUGCGGUGUACCACGGUGGCGAGGACUUGAUCCGCCUGCAGACCGAGGCCUAUGGCAAGUUCACCGUGGCCAACCCAAUUCACCCUGAUGUCUUCCCUGGUGUGCGAAAGAUGGAGGCCGAGGUUGUGGCCAUGAUGCUCAAUCUCUUCAAUGCUCCCCACGACGCCGCUGGUGUCAUGACCGCUGGCGGCACGGAAUCCAUUCUGAUGGCAUGUCUCUCUGCACGUAACAAGGCCUACAAGGAGCGCGGUGUCACCGAGCCCGAGAUGAUUCUCCCCAUCACUGCCCACACCGCUUUCCGCAAGGCUUGCCAGUACUUCAAGAUCAAGCUGCACCUUGUCGAGUGCAAGGCUCCCAGCUACAAGGUCCACGUGCCUUCGGUCGCUCGUCUGAUCAACCCCAACACUAUCCUCCUCGUCGGAUCCUCGCCCAACUUCCCCCACGGAAUCAUCGAUGACAUCACUGCCCUGAGCAAGCUCGCCUACAAGAAGAAGAUUCCUCUGCACAUCGACUGCUGUCUCGGAUCCCUCCUCGUUCCCCUCCUUCAAAAGGCCGGUCUCGAGUACGAGCCCAUGGACUUCCGUCUGAAGGGUGUUACCAGUAUCUCUUGCGAUACCCACAAGUACGGCUUUGCCCCCAAGGGUAGCUCGACUGUGCUCUACCGAUCCGACCUGUACCGCAAGUAUCAGUACUUCAUCAUCCCCGACUGGCCAGGCGGUGUUUACGCCUCCCCCGGUAUUGCUGGCUCUCGCCCCGGUGCUCUGAUUGCUGGAUGCUGGGCCAGUCUUGUCAGGCAGGGUAUGAACGGCUACGUCGACGCUUGCUACAAGAUUGUCAGCGGUAUGAAGCAGAUCGAGUCCGCGAUCCGCGACAGGCCCGAGCUCUCCUCAGACCUCAAGAUCAUCGGUCGUCCCCUCGUCUCCGUCGUUGCUUUCCUCUCCGACACGCUCGACAUCUACGAUAUUGCCGACGGCAUGUCCAACAAGGGAUGGCACUUGAACGCUCUGCAGAGCCCCCCGGCUAUCCACAUUGCCGUCACUCUGCCCAUUGUCGCCGUCAUUGACGAGUUCAUUGCUGACCUCAUCGAGGUGACGGAGAACGCUCGCCAGGCCGAGAAGAAGAGGAUUGCCGAGGGCAAGGACGCAAAGGGCGCCACAAAGGGUGAUGCUGCUGCCCUCUACGGUGUUGCCGGCAGCUUGCCCAACAAGAGCGUUGUCGAGGACUUGGCAAAGGGUUUCCUUGACACUCUGUACAAGACAUAAGUGUAUUGACAGAAGAAGAAAGAAAAUGUUCAUGUUCCAACUAUUAGAAUGAUCAUGACCCACACACGACGCGCGCGGGUUGGUGGUGUUUGUGCUUUUAGGCGCUUUUUUACAUGGGGGGAGUUGAUAAUUCGAUAAAGGGUUUUCGGAUGGGAAUACGUGCUGGGUGCUGGAUUGGUUGGUUGGUUGGUUGGUUAGUCCGGCGGUUAUGAGUGAAUGGGGAAUCCAUUUGUUUAUUUGUCAUUUUUUUCAUUUUUUUUUAGGUUUUCCAAAGCGGGAAAUGUAUGGGACCUUUGGCAUUGGAUUGGGGAAUGGGGAAUGUUUCGC